ACUUCGCGCAGCAGGGGGAGCUUCCUCCCUGCCCUGGCAAGCCUUCGCGCAGCCUCUGGGGGAAAUGGACCUUCAGCCUUCCCGGCAAACGUGGUCCUGUAGCGCCGCCACGCUGCUGGACACGUCUCUAGAAACCAGAGUUGCCCCCUUUCUUUCCUUAAAGAGGAGAAGAAGAAGCUGAUACGAGAAUUUGAUGAAAAGCAUAAAGAAGCAAAUGAAACGCUACGGGAAAUGGAAGAACAACUGAAAUAUGCUCCAUUGUCCUUCCACAAUCAAAUGAUGGCCAAAAUUCGGACUUACAGAAGAGACCUUGCCACAUUCCAGAGGAAGAUGAGAAGUACAGAUUUGGGAGUGGCCUCAGGAGGAUAUGGAGAUCCAAAAUUUGGGAUCUUCUCCACAGAAAAUGAACAAAGUACUCAAGUACAGUCUCAGAGGGUGUUGCUGCUUCAAGGAACAGAAAGCUUGAACCGAGCUAGUCAAAGCAUUGAGCGUUCGCACCAGAUUGCUGCAGAGACGGAUCAAAUUGGUACUGAUAUAAUUGAAGAACUUGGAGGGCAGCGGGAGCAGCUGGAACGUGUCAAAAGCAGAGCAGUGAACACAAAUGAAAACUUAAGCAAAACUCGGAAGUUGCUGCGCUCCAUGUCAAGAAGAUUUAUGACAAACAAGUUGUUGCUCUCCAUAAUUAUCCUCCUGGAGCUAGCUAUUCUGGCAGGAGUUGUCUACUACAAGUUCUUCAGAUGAACUUUCAAGAUGCACAGAUUCCUGCCUUUGUCUUCCAUCCACCUCAAGGACAAUGCACAGACAUUGCUGAGCAACUGCUCUUUGGCAUAGAUUGAAAGGGGCGGGUUGUACCUAAUGCAGCUAGCUGAAAGACACUGCUGAUGCACUGUCAGUCUAACAGCAUGUUCAUCUGUGAAUGUUGCAGUAAGACUGGAAGAAAGUGACUAGAAAGAAACACAGAGCGUGCUGUUUGGUAAGAUUGUAUAAUUGCAGAGGAAUAAAACAUUUGUCAAAGCUGGUGUGUUUAACCUGUAGUACAGCAGUUUGGUCACGCAAUGGAAAAAGUAACUAGUCUUUCAAACUGGUGAACACUCCAGAGUGUGGGAUGCCUGUGCACUUGAGUAAAUCAGCAGUGCUGUAUAAUGCCUGUUGUGAAGCACCUGCCAACACUUGGAGAUUCUACAUCCGUAUUUGCUCUUCACUGUCAGAUUCAUCUGGUGAACUGGGUGUUGGGAGUUCAUCAAAAACCAAGUGUGCUCCUUCUCUUGUCUGCCCAAAGCAUGUUGCAAUCACAUCUACUGCAAGAUGGGCUGUUGCAUUCACUUCUUGCUGUGAAGCUGCAAGCAAUGGGUUUACUUCUACAAGGUCCACUGCUGAAAGCAGGCCUGAGAAAUUAAAGAUGGCGAGUCACAAGGGAGGAAUACCAUUAAUUUUUUUUAAAGCAGCACCACCUUAACCAGACAGACUUAAUUAAAUCUAAUCUUCUAAAUAACUGUUUGCAGGAAGAAAGUUCUGCAGUUUUAAAAAUACUGUACUAUCGAACAUCAGCUUGUGCUGCAUUUCAAAGGACUACUACUCUCAGCUUUACUCCUGUUUCUAGACUGUUAAUAGCAAACUACCAUGAAGAAAAUAGAACCAGCAGAAAGAAACAGUUUAAAUAUUUAGAACAUAGCUAACUAUAUCCUUGGUGCAUUUACAUGUCUGUAGCAGCUUAUUCUCCCCCCACCCCUGUCUUUUGAAACUGCCAGAACUACAGGUUACAGAAGACUGCAAAGGAGCCGCAGUGAAGACUAGAGCAGCUGGAACUACUGCUCCUAUAAACCGUUCCAUAUGAAGAAAACCUCUACUUGAGUUCUAGGUCUGGGUUUUUCCAGUAACUAGUAAGUGUGAACAGUUUUCCUAACUUUCAAAAGUCAAAUGUUCUGUUAUUGUCCAGUCUGUUCUGUUUCUUCAUGAAUUCCCUUGAGGGAAUUGAGCAGAAGAACCUGAGUUCUGAAGUACACUCCUACCUUUUGACUUAGUCUGAAUACUUUUGUAAUGUAGCUACCAUGCUAGCAUAUACUUGAUUGUUUUUUGUAUCACAUCAUCUUAAACUAGAAGUAAAUGUGCUUGGCUGGUU